AGCGAGGCUGCACUAGAGAGAUAAGGCUCGAACUGACUGCAGAUAUAACGACAGACAAGACAGAGAGAGCGAGACGGAGAGAAACAAUGAACCGAUUCGUGUCGUUGGUGUUGCUGUGGACCCUGGCGGUCCUGUUCGCUACCGGGCCCGUUAGCGGGGCUGAGGAGGGGGAGAUCUCCUUCGAGUAUCACCGGUAUGAGGAACUACGGAAGGCUCUCGUGUCCGUAUGGCUGCAGUGUCCAUCAAUCACGCGCAUCUACACGGUGGGGGAGAGCUUCGAGGGCCGCGAGCUGUUGGUCCUGGAGAUGUCAGACAACCCCGGGACGCACGAGGCUGGUGAGCCAGAGUUUAAGUACAUCGGAAACAUGCACGGCAACGAGGCGGUCGGACGGGAACUCAUCGUCUACCUGGCUCAGUACCUCUGUAACCAGUACCAACAGGGCAACGAGUCGAUCAUCGAUCUGAUCCACACCACACGUAUCCACCUGAUGCCCUCCAUGAACCCUGAUGGCUUUGAGAAGGCAGCCUCCCAGUCGGGUGAGCUGAAGGAUUGGUUCGUUGGUCGUAGUAACGCCCAGGGGGUUGACCUGAACAGGAACUUCCCUGACCUGGACCACAUCGUCUACGGCAACGAGAAGGAGGGCGGAGCCAACAACCACCUGCUCGACAACAUGAAGAAGGCCGUCGACGAAAAUACCAAGCUGGCUCCAGAGACCAAGGCAGUGAUCCGGUGGAUAAUGGAGAUUCCGUUUGUCCUCUCAGCUAAUCUGCACGGAGGAGAUGUGGUGGCCAACUACCCCUACGACGAGACACGCAGCGGUUCGACCCAUGAGUACAGUGCCAGUCCUGAUGAUAUCACCUUCAAGUCUCUGGCGAAGUCCUACUCCCAGUUUAAUCCUGUGAUGUCAGACCCCCAGAGGGCUCCGUGCAGGAAGAACGACGAUGACACCAGCUUCACGGACGGCAUCACCAACGGAGGGGCCUGGUACAGCGUACCCGGAGGAAUGCAGGAUUUUAACUACCUGAGCAGUAACUGUUUUGAGAUAACUCUGGAGCUGAGCUGUGACAAGUUUCCUGCUGAAGAAACGCUCAAGACUUAUUGGGAGGAGAACCGCAAUUCACUGGUCAACUACAUAGAACAGGUGCAUCGUGGUGUGAAGGGCUUUGUGCGUGACCUUCAGGGCGGAGCCAUCUUUAACGCCUCCAUCUCAGUGGAGGGCAUCGACCAUGACAUCACUACAGCUAAGGACGGAGACUACUGGCGUCUCCUGGCAGCAGGGAACUACAAGGUAUCUGCCUAUGCUCCAGGUUACCUGACCGUCAUCAAGAAGGUGGCUGUCCCCUACAGUCCUGCUAUUAGGGUGGACUUUGAGCUGGAGUCCUUGGUAGAGAGGAAGGAAGAGGAAAAGGAGGAGCUGAUGGACUGGUGGAAGAUGAUGUCAGAGACACUCAACUUCUGAACACUCUGAUUGGUCCAUAGUGCCACUGGUCCACGUCUGUGAUUGGUUGACAGGUUGAUUGACGUGUGCGUCUACAAAUGGGUGUACUAUAUUGUGUGUUGUCCCGCCCACUGUACAGGUCUUCUCUUGAUUGAGUUUUUCUGUCUCUAUUUAAUUUGGUUUAAUGGUUGAUGUUGUUGUCAGGGGUUACCCGUUACCAGGGGGCUCCAACCUUUUCUAGCAUGCGAGCUACUCAUUAUUUAUCUAGCUUUCCAAUAGGCCCUCUUGUCCCCUGCAACUCUUCCCCUGGUCCUUAGUGUACAAGAGGAAGUAGUGCACUAUGUUGUCAACUCUUCCCCUGGUCCUUAGUGUACUAGAGGAAGUAGUGCACUAUGUUGUCAACUCUUCCCUGGUCCUUAGUGUACUAGAGGAAGUAGUGCACUAUGUUGUCAACUCUUCCCUGGUCCUUAGAGAGGAAGUAGUGUACUAUGUUGUCAACUCUUCCCUGGUCCUUAGUGUACUAGAGGAAGUAGUGCACUAUGUUGUCAACUCUUCCCUGGUCCUUAGUGUACUAGAGGAAGUAGUGCACUAUGUUGUCAACUCUUCCCCUGGUCCUUAGUGUACUAGAGGAAGUAGUGCACUAUGUUGUCAACUUUUCCCUGGUACUUAGAGAGGAAGUAGUGUACUAUGUUGUCAACUCUUCCCUGGUCCUUAGUGUACUAGAGGAAGUAGUGCACUAUGUUGUCAACUCUUCCCUGGUCCUUAGUGUACUAGAGGAAGUAGUGCACUAUGUUGUCAACUCUUCCCCUGGUCCUUAGUGUACUAGAGGAAGUAGUGCACUAUGUUGUCAACUCUUCCCCUGGUCCUUAGUGUACUAGAGGAAGUAGUGCACUAUGUUGUCAACUCUUCCCUGGUCCUUAGUGUACUAGAGGAAGUAGUGCACUAUGUUGUCAACUCUUCCCUGGUCCUUAGUGUACUAGAGGAAGUAGUGUACUAUGGUUAAUAAACAGCUCUAAGACCCUAUUAAAUCUGUUAUUAUGUUUCUGUCAAUAUACCUGGUUAAUUAACAGCUCUAAGACCCUAUUAAA